CAACGGAUCUCUUAACUAUUCAAAAGACGCAACUCAUAACUACUCGUAAGUCAGAUCCACAGCCACCGUUCAUAAGAUACGUCUCCUUCGGCUACACUUUUCUCUCUUCUUUGUUCUUUCUCUCCUUUGCCACCAGGCGGAGAGAGAAAGAAAAAGAAAAUACCAGAGUGAUCAGAUCAGGUUUUUGUCUAUAUAUCAAGAUGCAGUCAACCAACGGUCCUGAUCUGAACUCAAAACAACAACAGCAACAAAGCAGCCAGCAGUUGCAGCAACAUCCACAGUGGGUGCCAAACCAGUGGAUGGGAGCCAUGCAGUACCCGGCUAUGGUAAUGAUGCAGCAGCAGCAGAUGAUGUACCCUUAUCAUUAUAUGCCUUACAAUAAUCAUCAUUUCCAAUAUCAACAGCAGCAGCAACAACGACAAAAACAGCAGCAGCAGCAGCCUCAAAGCUACUUACCGAAACAGCAGCAAGGAUCUAAUACGGAUGAGGUUAAAACGAUCUGGGUUGGUGACCUUGUUCAUUGGAUGGAUGAAGCUUAUCUUUAUGGUUGCUUCUCUCACACUGGAGAGGUUUCUUCUGUAAAGAUAAUAUGCAAUAAGCAAACUGGUCAGUCUGAAGGGUAUGGAUUUGUGGAGUUUAACUCACGUGCAACAGCUGAGAAGGUUUUGCAAAGCUAUAAUGGUUCGCCAAUGCCAAAUACAGAGCAGCCUUUUCGUCUGAAUUGGGCUUCAUUCAGUGUGAAUGAAAGGCGACCAGCUGCUGGUUCUGACCUAUCUAUAUUUAUAGGAAAUUUGGCUGCGGAUGUAACUGAUUCGAUAUUACAUGAGACCUUUUCUAGUAGAUAUCAAUCUGUUAAAGGAGCAAAAGUUGUUAUUGAUUCAAAUACUGGUUGUUCAAAAGGUUUUGGGUUUGCUAGGUUUGGUGAUGAAAAUGAAAUGUCAAGGGCCAUUAGUGAAAUGAAUGGUGUGUACUGCUCAAGUAGACCAAUGAGAAUUGGUGUUGCUACUCCCAAGAAAGCAUCUGGAUAUCAGCAACAGUAUUCUUCACAAGCAUUGGUAUUGGCUGGUGGACAUGCAUCAAAUGGUUAUGUAACCCAAGGUUCCCAAUCUGAUGACGACUCAAAUAACUCUACUAUAUUUGUUGGAGGACUUGACUCAGACAUUAGUGAUGAUGAUCUCAGACAACCCUUUUCCCAGUUUGGUGAGAUCAUCUUAGUGAAAAUACCACCCAGAAAAGGAUGUGGGUUUGUGCAAUUUGCAAGCAGGAAGAAUGCUGAGGAUGCAAUCCAGGGUUUGAACGGGACAACCAUAGGCAAGCAGACCGUUCGUCUUUCUUGGGGUCGCAGUGUAGGAAACAGACAGUGGAGAGCUGACUCUGUUAACCAGUGGAAUGGAGGAUACUAUCGAGUUUAUGGCUACGGUGGUUAUGGUUAUGGUUAAGGCAAUGCUACACCACCUAAUCAGGAUCCAAGCAUGUAUGCCGCCGCCGCUGCUGUUCCCAGUGCUUCUUAAGAGUGGUAGUAUGACAAUUACCAAUGGCUUGUAAUCUGAACUUGCAGGAAAAGUUUAAGUUUAUUCGUCAGAUUCAUUAAGUAGGAUGGGUUUUGGUUGCUGCAUUAACUGGAUCUUCAGUUCACAGAAUUUUGUAGCUGGAGUUAAUUUUAAAUCUUGGAGUUGUCUUAGAACUGUAUUAAUAUGUCAUUUACAACUUCAAUUUUGUGCUUGAGAGGGUUUUUUUUUUUUUUUUUAAUUAUUUGUUCAGAACUGAUAAGAUUGGAUCCCCUUGAUCAAUUUAUGAAGGCUCAACGAUCAAAAGACGUGUACUUUUCCUCCAAGGACACAAAAAUUGUUAAAUGUUUAUGUCGGAUGUCAUGAUGG